AUGCUAAAAAUUUUGAUUCCAACAAUCAUACUGAUUCCCACAACCUGACUAAUUUCCCUGCCCCUCCUCUGAACCAUGCCCCUAAUUUAUACCACACUAAUCGCCUGCGCUAGCCUGUCUUUUCUGAAAUGGAACUCAAUCUCUGGCUGGUCAUUUAUUAAUCUUUAUAUAACAAUUGACUCAAUUUCCGCCCCUCUUCUAGUUUUAUCUUGUUGACUUCUCCCACUUAUAAUUUUAGCUAGCCAAAACCACAUGCUACAUGAACCCCUCCAACGCCAGCGAGUAUACUUAAUUCUCUUAAUAAUUUUACAAACUUUUUUACUCUUAACAUUUAUGGCCUCAGAACUUAUUAUAUUUUAUGUGAUAUUUGAAGCUACCCUGAUCCCCACCCUAAUUAUUAUUACUCGCUGAGGGAAUCAAGCAGAGCGCCUCCAAGCCGGAACAUACUUUUUAUUCUAUACUCUCGCAGGCUCUCUCCCACUUCUUAUCGCUCUUCUUCUAAUCAACAAAAAUAUAAUAACCUCAUCAAUUGUUCUACUAAACUUUUUUUCUACAGACUUUUCAUCAAAUUCCUAUGCCUCAACCCUCUGAUGGGCUGCCUCUCUCUUUGCAUUUCUAGUUAAAAUACCCCUCUACGGAGUUCACUUAUGACUUCCUAAAGCCCAUGUAGAAGCCCCAAUUGCUGGCUCCAUAGUCCUGGCUGCAAUUCUUCUAAAACUUGGAGGGUACGGAAUAUUGCGGAUAAUCCCGAUUCUCCCCCCACUAGCCAAACCAUUAAUUUACCCAUUUAUUAUCCUAGCCCUCUGGGGCAUCAUUAUAACCGGAAUAAUCUGCUUACGCCAAUCUGAUUUAAAAUCGCUAAUCGCUUACUCUUCCGUAAGCCACAUAGGCUUAGUAAUUUCAGGAAUUCUUAUUCAAACCCCAUGAGGCCUUACUGGGGCAAUCACACUUAUAAUUGCCCACGGACUCACCUCAUCCCUCCUGUUCUGCCUUGCUAACACAAAUUACGAACGUACCCACAGUCGAACUAUACUUUUAGCCCGAGGAAUACAAACUAUUCUUCCCCUCUUUGGUCUAUGAUGACUUCUAGCAAAUCUUACUAAUCUUGCUCUUCCCCCAUCUAUUAACCUUAUAGGAGAACUACCUAUUAUUAUAGCAACAUUUAAUUGGGCAGGACUAACCAUUCUACUAACAGGUAUCGGCACCUUAAUCACAGCAACCUACUCCCUGUAUAUGUAUAUAAUGACCCAGCACGGCCAAAUUUCCCCCCAAACAACCAUAAUAGAGCCUGCCCACACACGAGAGCAUCUUCUUAUUUCCCUACAUCUUAUCCCCUCCUUUCUCUUGAUUAUAAAACCGGAACUGAUCUGAGGCUGAUUCUGCU